AUGCCACCAAUAGCCACUGCCAAAUAUGACUGGAUUCUGGCUCUGACCACUAUCGCCUUCGUGUUCAGCGCCUUCGGAAACGGGGCCAACGAUGUCGCCAACUCCUAUGCCACUUCCAUUGCGGCUCGGACGCUGAACAUGGCCACGGCCGGUGUACUUGCCAUCAUCACUGAGUUCAUCGGUGCCGUGGCCAUGGGUGCUCGGGUUACCGACACCAUCAAGAACGGUAUCAUCGGCAUCGACCGGUUCGAAGGCAAGCCCGGUGCGCUCAUGCUCGGCAUGGGAUGUGCCGAAGUUGGCAGUGCGGCAUGGCUGAUAUUCUCUACCCAUGUGGGAUUCCCCGUCUCAACCACGCAGACUGUUGUCGGUGCCCUCAUCGGUGUGGGCUUUGCUUCCCAAGCUUCCAUCACUUGGGCCUGGGAAGAUGGCAGUGUCUCUCAGGUGGCGGCCUCCUGGGGUAUUGCACCACUAAUUGCUGCCGGGUUCUCGGCCGUCAUCUUUGGUACCCUCAAGUAUAGUGUCCUCGAGCGCACUGACUCGUUCAAAUGGGCCAUGCGCAUGAUUCCCUUCUACCUCGCCGGCACGGGAGCCAUCCUCGCGCUGUUCAUUGUCAUUGAAGCGCCGACGGCGCCCUCGCUUGAAGAGUUUGGUGCUGGAAAGGCCGUCGGCAUCAUCCUGGGUGUCUUUGUCGGUUGCCUUCUCAUCGCCUAUGCCUUCUUCAUGCCGUACUUCCAGCGUCGUCUGAUCAAAGAGGAUGGCCGCAUCAAGUUCUACCAUAUCCCCCUCGGUCCCCUGCUGCUGAAAGAUAACCCUCCCCUCUACUACCCUGGAAAGGGCGACGGUGUCGUGGUCUCGUACUACGAAGAUGCCUACGGCAAAGUCCAAGCAGGCCAAAAGGACGCCGCCAAACAGGAAACCUCCGCCGACGCCGCCGCCAUCCUCCCCUCCCCAGAGAUCACCGCCCUCCAAAAGAGCUCCGAGCAGCCGGGCAACGAUAUUGAAAAGAACAUCGACUCGGCGCAGUCGACGCCGGAGAUCAAGCCGCGCAAGAAGCACGUCGGACCCACCGAACGGUUCAUCGACCCUGUCCGCGAGCUGUCGUGGGUGAACCCCCACAAGGCCUGGGGAUACAUCAAAUGGAUUCUUCUGCAAGGCGUGACCCGCGACGUCGUGACGCACGACUCGCCCGCCCUGCGCGCCAUCCACGCCCGCGCCCACCGCUACGACGACCGUGUCGAGCACCUCUGGACCUACUGCCAGGUGGUCUCGGCCAUGAUGAUGUCCAUCGCGCACGGCUCCAACGACGUUGCCAACGCCGUGGGCCCCUGGGCUGCCGUCUACAGCACCUACAAUGCUGGCGUCGUCGAGACCGAGGCCCCCACGCCCAUCUGGUUUCUCGUCGUUGCCGGUCUGUUGCUUGGUCUGGGGUUCUGGUUCUAUGGAUACAACAUCGUGCGUGCAAUGGGCAACAAAAUUACCCAGAUGUCGCCUACCCGCGGCUUCAGUGUUGAGCUGGGUGCUGCCAUCACGGUUCUCUUGGCUUCACGGUUGGGCUUGCCUGUCUCGACUACCCAGUGCUUGACGGGUGCUUCUAUGGGUGUUGCGCUCAUGAACUAUGACCUCGGCGCCGUGAACUGGAGACAGCUGUGCUGGAUCUUUGGCGGAUGGGUUUUGACGCUGCCUUGUGCGGGUCUGAUUGCGGGAUUGAUAUGCUUGAUGGCCUUGAACACGCCUCACCUUUAG